UUCUGGGCUUCUAUUCUCCAUAGGCCUCGUGGGGCUAGGACCUGACAUUUCUGCAGAUAGGGUUUGGCCAUUGGGCCCAGACACCACCCCUCCCUCUGCAGUCCCAGGGCUGAUUUGCAUGCCCUGUUUUGGUCCAGUGGCCUCCCCAGCCCUGUGCCCCCAGGCACUUGGAGCACAGCCUGCAGCCUGGCAGAACCACUCCCCUGCCUGCCUUCCUGCCUCUGGCCAUGGCCUGCUUGUGCCUGGCCCUCCUUCUGAUGGGGAACUUUAUGACAGUUUCCCAGCCAGCCCUGGCGCAGUCAGAUGCACUACUGGUCUUCCCAGGCCAAGUGGCUCAACUGUCCUGCAUGCUCAGCACCCAGCACACCAUCAGGGACCAUGGUGUCUCCUGGUACCAGCAGCGGCCAGGCAGUGCCCCCCGCUAUCUCCUUUACUACCACUCAGAUGAGGAGUACCACCGGCCUGAUGAAAUCCCUGACCGAUUCUCAGCAGCUAUGGAUGUGGCACACAAUGCCUGUAUCCUGACCAUCAGCCCCGUGCAGCCUGAGGAUGAUGCAGAUUAUUACUGCGCUGUUGGCUUCAGCUCUGGUCCCUAGGGGUGGGGUGUGAGAUGGGGACCUCCUAUUUGCCCCUGACCUUGGACCCCUCUUUAACUUUCUCUGACCCUUGCUCUUUCUCCUCUGUAAAAUGGG